CUGAUGUACUUGCUUGCGGAUCUUAAUUUUUAUUCCCAAACUUCACGAUGAUUGCUUCUUUGGAGCGUAAAGAUACUAUCCAGGGGAAUUAUGAGGCAUCCUUAAAAUGCCUUGAAAAUAAAGGCCACCCAAGUACUUUACAGUAUAAUAAAACCUACACUGAAGGCUUUCCAGAUAACUCGUCAGGCAGUAAGCCUGUACAGCUGUCAGAAGAAUGUACACAACGCCCCGUUUAUCAACAUGAACAUGGCUCUAGUGGUGCCUUUCGGGGACAAUUCCACCCGGUUGCAUUAAACUACAGAUUCCAGUAUGCACCAGUGAACAUGUUUCCUCAAAACCAUCAAUUCCAAGAUUUCCAAUAUUUUGUUGUGAUUGAUUUUGAGGCCACGUGCGACAAAGAGAAAAACCCUCACCCGCAAGAGAUUAUCGAGUUCCCAUCUGUUAUAGUGAGCAGCACAACCGGACAGUUGGAAGCUUGUUUCCAAACUUACGUGCGGCCAACUUGCAACCAAGUCUUGACUGAUUUCUGCAAAGAUCUGACUGGCAUACAGCAAAUUCAGGUGGACAGGGGAGUUCCGCUAAGUGAAGCUCUACUUAGACACGAUAAAUGGCUCGAAAAGAAGGGAAUAAAAAACACCAACUUUGCUGUGGUAACAUGGUCUAACUGGGAUUGCCGCGUGAUGUUGGAAUCUGAGUGCCGCUACAAAAAAGUCAGAAAACCACCCUAUUUCAACCGAUGGAUCAACUUGAGGGUUCCUUUUCAAGAGAUUUUCGGUGGGGAUAGAUGCAAUUUGAAGCAGGCGGUGGAGAAGGCUGGUCUCGUCUGGCAAGGCCGGGCCCACUGUGGUCUAGAUGAUGCCAAGAACACGGCCCGCCUACUCGCCUCCAUUAUGCACAAGGGCUUUAAACUCUCAAUAACCAACUCGCUCGCUUAUCAGACUAACAACAACGAUGGUUCCUUCAUAUGGAAGCCAAUGCACGAGAAACCUAUCCUCGUUUCUUCGCCUCCACCUCGGAAACUUCUAGAACUCCGACCUACACUGCUGCAGUACAAUCACUGUUGUUACUGUGGGGUGACAAGCAGUAAAGGAGUGAUCCGAAGACCAGGUCCAAAGCAAGGGAGCUUCUUCUUUGGGUGUGGAAAUUGGACUGUCGCUAGAGGUGCUCGUUGCCAUUUCUUUGAAUGGGCUUCUUCGUGAGAACUAAGAAGUAUCGUUACCAUUUGUAAAAAGAAGAAGUAUUGGAGUUUCGGUUAUUAUCCGGUAAAGGAGAAAGCCAAUAAAAUAUGCCUUUGCAUGGAGAAAGUGUUGGCUCUUCUCUAUCGGGUUUUGUGUAGAUAGUUUGUUUUUGCUGAUUUCGAUAACGGGUGGUCGAACAAGUCUAGUUGAACGUAUUGAUGGAAGAUUCAAAGCAAUACUUUAUGAUGUGAGUAGAGGGGGAAUUAAAAUAUGGCUAUAAACGUCGUGUUUAAUUAUCGUCGUCAUAACGUGUGAAACAUAGACACUUCGGUUUUUUCUUGUAUAUUUGCGACGAGGAAGAUAUCUGUUUGAAUCUAAACCUCUUUAAUAUUGACUAGAAUGUGCUCCUUUCGAUAAACCUCCUUUCCUUUUAAACUUUGUGUUUUAUUUGAAUAAAAUGAUGAUUUGAAGCAUGAAU